CCCCACCUGAUAGCUUCAGGGUAGUCAUCUGCCGUCGUUCUCCCGUGUCUGAUCGGUGUUCUGCGCCGUUUCCUUCCAUCAGCUUGGGCAGCACCUUUCUAAAACCGCGUCACGUGCGACAAUCUCCGCGAGUGAAUUCCACGAAGCUCACCUUCCCCCUUGUGAUAAUUGUUAACUUUCACCACGCAUUCCCUUCGUUAUAUAACGCCAUCGGUCGGCGCGAUCAACUUCGAAUAGGCGCGUGAAUCUCACUGUUCUAUCGGUGGGCGCAUGCGCCAGCGUCUAUUUUUGUUUAGAAUCGCGAGGUGAAACAACGUAGCUGAAAAAUUUUCUUCGUCAAGUUCCUCUCAGCUGGUGACAUGUCAGCUUGCUUGUCCUAAAUCGGAAAAGAUUUCAAGUGUCAAGUUCACAAGAUGUCGCGGAAGUUACCCGUUCGAACGCUCGGCCAGAUAGCGCUUGCGGAACUGGCCGGUUCCAUCGUCGGUGCUUUCGGCGGCAUGCUCCAGACGACGUUCAACUUCGGAGUGGAACCGGAUUUCACCAUUCUAAUGGUGGAGAUCAAGUCGUACAUGGAAACCAUGGGAGCCACCAGCCCCAUCUACGAAGACCUGCUUCGGGUGAUUUUGUGCUCCGAUUCGCUAGAAGCCGUGAUUCGCUUCUGUUGCCUGCAAACGCUGCUGAACGAAGCUGUCCUUACGCUCAUGACCGAAAUCUUUCCGUUCGCCUACUACGAAAGGAUCUUGCAGGUGAUUGCCACCCAGGGACGAGGGCUGCGGCAGCUCAACAUGAAGGGAGUCUGGGUGAAGGAAGAAUUCAUGUGCUACAUGUACGAAAUAAUCAAGCAUCUACCGAACUUGACCAAACUUACGAUACCGCACAUUGCCAACGAUAACCUACUCAAGCACUUAAGCGACUACUCAAAGAACCUCCGGCAGCUGGAUAUCAGUGGCGACACGGACAUCACCGAUAUCGGACUGGAAUACCUAUGCUAUGGUGAGUCGAGGAGCAAACUGACGAUGCUGGACAUCGGUUCACUUGGCGAGGAGAACGUUUGCCACACCGAUGUCGCAAUGUUACUCAUGAACCUACCCAACCUAGUCAGCCUGGUCAGUUACUCCUUCGUCGGUCGAAGCCUUCUCUACAUCCUCGAACAUAAAGAUCCUGCUUUCCGGUGUAAACUAGCCUACCUCCACGAUACGAGUACCAAAGCGAAGACGAUGAAUGCCAUCGUCGACACCUGUCCGAACCUGCAAGAUCUCUACAUAGACUCCCCCGAAUCAAACAUUCUCCACAAGCUCACCAAACUCAAUCUCCGUCGGCUGAAACUCUACAAAUUCAACUGCUCCGAACUGCUCACACUGCUCGAAUCGAUUGGUAACUACACGCGACACCUCACGCUCAUCAAAGGUCGCGGCACGAUGGAAAUCCACCGCCUGAUUCGCUGCUGCCCGAAUCUCGUCGAUCUGGAUUUCUACAUGAUGGACUCGUUGACCUUCUCCGGUGAUCAUGGUUUCCAGGAUAUGCAAGGUUUGGAAAUCCUUAGCAGUCCCAUCUCACAGCACGGACUGCGCGACUUCCUUAGCCUUUCCACCACGCUGAAACGGCUAGCCAUCGAUAGCGUCACCUUCAACGACGAAGACUUCAGCUCGCUGAUGAUCGAAAAGGACUUCUACCAACUGGAGGACGUCUGGUUCACGACCGCUCCGCACAUGUCCAUUGUGAGCGUUGAGAUCCUGAUGGACCGUUGUCCGGAGCUGCAGAGUCUGGGUCAGCUCAGCGGCUGGUCGCUGACCCCGGACGAUGUGACGCUCCUCCGAGGAAUCCUUAAGAGCUGCAACUCUUCACUGUACAUGCGACCGUUUCGUGUUCCCCGACGACCAUUCCCAUUGGCUUUGGUUUAGACCUGUAGACCCUUGAAAUUUGCUGUACCUACCCUCGCCAACCUUCCUUUUUUGCCCUUUCUCUUUCCUCCCGUUCCAGAUCGUGCAGUCACUCUGAACGGAGCAGGCUGUGGCGAUGUUUGCAACGAUCGAACGAUCAAAACCAAAUGUGCUCAUUCGCACACACGCACACACUGUUGUUUGGCUGUCAAAUCCGUCCACUCGUACCGUCUCGAGCUUCGGAAAGUUGGUUGCUGGUUGUAUUUUGUGAUGUAUUACCGAAAUAUAUUUAUUUGAGUUUAAGAG